AGAUGCAUCGGGUCAGCGCUCCGCACACAACUGAGAAGAACAAACCAGCAUCGUUCAUCACAGGUCUAUGAGCUGGUUAGAAGUUAGUGUUGAGGAUGUGUAUCUGCAUAAGUAGGUCUGUGUAGCGGGGCUGCUUUUGGUGGUUGUUUCUCUGAACUGUAGCAUAGCUUAGCUAACAUUACCUUCGUGUGUCGCGUGCGUCUCAUUCACCUUCAGUAUGUUUUGAUGCAGUGUUUACCAGAGUAGAUACAGAAACACAUUUGUAUUUUCUUUGUAGUCUAAUGCCAGUUACAUGUGUGUCUGUCAGUAAUUGUAAUGCAGUCCAGUUGACAGACGGACAAAGUCACUGUCGGCUGAGCUCCAGUUAUGAAGGAGUUUGUGAAGAGGAUCCACGGCCUCUUGGUGAAAGCUGUGACGUUUGGCGGUGGGACGAGGCCACGCCCCGCUGCCUCCGAGGUGCUGACCUGCCACCUGCAGCAGCGCCAGCUCCCGCCGUGGACCUCCUACUGUGUCCGCUACAGUGCCGUGCACAAUGACCAGUUUGGACUGUCCAACUUCAACUGGAGGGUUCAGGGGUCCAACUACCACAUACUGAGGACAGGCUGCUUCCCCUUCAUCAAAUACCACUGCACUAAAGCACCUCCACAAAACCUGCACUUUGAGGACAAGUUUUUCACCAUGUUGAAAGUUAUUAAUCUAGGUAUCCCCUGUUUGGCCUAUGGUAUUGGGUGCUGGAUGGUGAUCGGAGCUGCUGAAACAGUACAGACCAGCGUCGGGCCUGUCACAGUCUAUUUUGCCUACAAAGAGGAGGAAGGUGCACAGUAUUAAACCUGAGGAAAAAAGAGACUAUUGCCUGUGUUUUAAGGAGUGUGUGUGUCUGUAUUUACACCAUUUCCCCAGGUGAGCCUCUAGUGGACUUAUUGACAGAAGUGCCAUCUGAUGUCUCUGCUGCUCCUAUUGUCAACCUGCACAGGUUCAUUUGUGUUUAAUUAUUAAAGAUUUUAAGCUGCACUGGAGGAGUCAGUUAUGCAUGUUAUUACACUGACAUACAAUACUGACAGUGUUUAUUUAGAAAGCUGACUUUAUAUUAAAGUUUAAUGGAAACUUGA